GGUGUGUGCGGUGGGGGGGGGUGGGGGUGAGAAAAAAAAGAGGUGGGUUCGCCUGGAGUCCCAGCGGCCGCCGCCGCCGGACGGCCCCCGCCCCUUUUCCCUCUGCGAGCCGCAGCGCAGGGGCGGCGGUGAGACCAAGGAGCCGGCCGAUGGCCAUGGCCUUGGCGUGACAGAGCCUCCCGGGCGGCCGGGCGGGUGAGGACGGCAGGGCCGGACGACGCCCGCGGGAGCCGCGGCCCAGAGACCCGUCCGGGCAGCAGAGACUGGAACAGAGCACACAGGCCCGGGCCGGCUCGGCGGCGCGAGCAGGAAGCGGGGUCCCUGGGCCCCUUUGUGUGAAGGGCGGGGGAGGGGUACGGGGCAGCCCCCGGCCGCAGGCUCCUCCGACGCCCGCCUUCCCGCGGGAGCCCCCGUCGGUCCUGCGGCGCCCACCCCUUCCCUCCGGGGGGCGCGCCUCGCCUCCCCCCACUCCGGGCUGCUCCGGGCUGCUCCGGGCUCGCCCUCUCCCCACGCCCCCUGCCUGGGCUUCAGUUCCUAUAGGAAGGGCAUUACCAUCCCAUCCCCACCCACCCCGACACUUCGCUCUUUCCCCUCCCCCUCAUUUAACUUCCUCUUCUUCCCUCGUUGGGCCCUCGGCUGCUCUGCACUCUCCUCCCGGGUUCGCAGAUUUCCGCCCACCUUCCGCCUCCCAGAGCCGCGCCGCAGCGAGCGGGGUGUAAUUUUUCCCUCCCUCUGGUAGGAGUUGGGGAAGGUGAGACUCAUGAGGGAAUACAAGGUAGUGGUGUUAGGGAGCGGAGGGGUUGGCAAAUCUGCCCUGACUGUGCAGUUUGUCACUGGGACUUUCAUUGAGAAAUAUGACCCCACCAUUGAAGAUUUCUACCGCAAAGAGAUCGAAGUGGACUCUUCCCCCUCCGUGCUGGAAAUUCUGGACACCGCAGGAACUGAGCAGUUUGCCUCCAUGAGAGAUCUCUACAUCAAAAACGGCCAAGGUUUCAUCCUGGUUUAUAGUCUGGUUAAUCAACAGUCUUUUCAGGAUAUCAAGCCAAUGAGAGAUCAGAUUGUCAGAGUGAAGAGAUAUGAAAAAGUCCCACUGAUCCUAGUAGGAAAUAAAGUGGAUCUGGAACCAGAAAGAGAGGUUAUGUCUUCAGAAGGCAGAGCUCUGGCUCAAGAAUGGGGCUGUCCUUUCAUGGAGACAUCGGCAAAAAGUAAAUCAAUGGUGGAUGAACUUUUUGCCGAGAUCGUCAGGCAAAUGAACUAUUCUUCCCUGCCCGAGAAGCAAGAUCAGUGUUGUACAACUUGCGUUGUCCAGUAAAAAAAAAGAUAACCUCAAUCAUGGCCAUACCGAGCAGACAAGAUCUUCUGUCAGCUGGUGUCAUCUUUGAAAAUGAAGGAUGACAACAGUGCUUUAUUCAAAAUGCUUUCACUCAUCAGUUUUUGAGCAUACCAGAAUGAGAUGAAAACACAUUUAUUGUCUUACACCUAGCUCCAUCUGUUACCAUAUAGUGUCACUGUGCAGACUGUAGCCCAGCAUAUGUUUUGUUGAUAGCAUCACACUUGCAAUAUAGUUUUUUGAGGCAGGAACAGGCCUAUGUAGGUGAUUGAGUCCAGGGUUCUUGAUACCACAAUGUCUCUUCUUAAAUUGUAAGCCAGCUUCAAGUUUGAGCAAGUUCUGUGUGGUGUCGCAUCUUUACCGUUAUGCUCUACUUCUCUAUCUGACACUUUUAACCAGGCAAAUGACGUAAGUGUGUGCAUUUUAGUUUUAUCAUCUUUAUAAAAAAUUAACCAGCUCCUGCAAAAUGUUCCCAGUUUUUUUCUGUCAUUAAUGUAGACAGCUAUAGGAAGGAAACUGAAUAAAAUUGGUCUCACAUGUAGAGGGCCACUGUCUUAUUCAAAUUGGCAAAUGAGUAAUGUCUAAAGCUAUUUUUAAAGAUUUCUUAUUCUGAGUUAUUUCUGAGUUUAUUUCAUUUUGCAGCUUGUGUGAUCUAAAUUACUUUUAAUCUGUUUCGUUACCUACACGAAUGAUUAAGUAGACUUUUUAAUAUCUCAAGGAAACUAUGUUUAUAUUUUUUGUUAACUAAGGUACUGAAAUCAGAAAAUAUUAAUAACAAUAAUUGCUCAUUUUUAUAAUAAUGGGUUAAGUUGCCUGUGUAGUUUUUGUUUGGUUUUUAUAAGCAGAAUACACAAUUGAAGGUGUGAGUCUUGAAAUAAAAUAUCUAAUCAGCUGGAUUUCUGAAAAUGUUAUAGGGAGUCCCCUGACCAAGAUCUUUUAGAACAAAGCACACUAUACGCAGUGGGUUUUUUUGCUAUCAAAUAAAAUUGAACUGAUGUGCACAGGUAUCUGUAAUUGGAGGUCCAUAAAGUUUGUGGUUGUGCUUGCUUACUAUUUAUUUGAAAAAAUAGGUGAUGGAUUCUGAGUCCUGUAGCUUGAGUCAUAGAGCUCUGAAGUCUACCAGUCCCAGAUUCAGAUUGAAGAUCAAACUUUGACAAAUAAAGGUGAUUUGGGAAAUGUUUGUCCUUAAUAUUUAUAAGAGUACCUUGUCCAAAUUAGAGAUAGUAAGACUCAAGUGAGUCAGAAGAACUGUGAUUGUUGUAAGUUGGUUUCUCUUAAUUGAAAGGGAAAAUAUAUUAAUGUUCUAAGCAUUACUGCUGAUAAUUCCUCACAUUUAUUUCUUACCACCCUUCAAUUUGAGUCACCAGUCUGUUGCCCAACACCUGUUUAUCUGCAUGGCUCCCAGGAUUGUUUCCUCACCUUUCACCCUCCCACUGGCAGUAAUCUUACUGUAAGUCUGGAAGCAAUGCCAGAUUCCUUAUGCACUGCUUUCGUGGCUGGUUUCCUUACUGACCUGAGGAGCCUGCCACCAACUGCUUUGAAGGACUUUGUUUACUAUGCAGCAGAAGUAUAAUAGAAACCCAGAUAAAACUCAGAGGAAAUUUGCACAGAUGCUGCUUUGGAGAACUUUACAACCUGGGUUGCAGAACUGAGCCUUGGUAAACCUGUCUCUAUUACAGCAUGUUGCCAUACAUCUAAUUAAGUGCAUAAGGUCUUUGGCCUUCAAGAUCCAUUGACCUUAAACAGGAAUGCUUAGCACGUUUACCAUAUGUUUAAAAUCUGUUCUUUAUCAAUCAGUCCUUUUGUAGCUUUCUAAGUUCUUAUUGAUGGCUAAUAUGCAAGAAUUAAUUUUUAAUAUUUUAAUUGAUUUCUUUAAUCAGUUUCUCAACUUGUAUUUAUUAAAUACUCAAACUCAGUAUUACCUACUCAAUGCCUUUUAAAAGAAAGUUAUAAUGGAGAAAAAAUUGAGCCUUAAACAAAUGGUUACUUCUGUAUAUUACCUCGCACCAGUGCUUCAUUCUAUUUGUAAAAUCUUUCUCCUUUAAAUGGUUGGUUAAUACUUUGAGCCUUUGUUUACGUGUGGCAGUGUUGUAAAAAGAAACUAAAGAUCACAUUUUACCUGUAUGGAUGGAAUAUCCCUUUUCUUCAAGUGCAGUUUGUGAUGUGUUUUUGUAAUUAAAAUGUUCUGAAAGUUACAAUUGAUAUUUGAAAUUGACUGUAGAGCAUUUAGCUGAAGAGUUAAGUAUUUGAUUCCAUUAGGUUUUCACAUGUGUUAAUCUCAUUUACAGCAUCAAAUUGCAGCAGUAACAUUUUCCUUUCUGUGAAGUUCUAAAUUUAGUUAUGACCUACUUAGCAAUGCCUUUGAAGAGGGAUAUUGUAUCCAUGGUAAAUUAAUUGUAUACCUAAACAGAGAUAGCUCAGCUUUGCCUGUCAGGCUUGCAAUUGACAUCUAGUAGACUUCUGCACAUGUAAAAUUAAAUUCAAAUAAAAUCAUAUACAGUUUCUAGUUCUUAAUAUUUGUCUUUCUGAGUAAUAGUUUAAAGCAAUAUUUGUUAAAGUUUUCUUGCACUAUCACAAUUGCUUUUUAGUUAUUUCUCAAGAAGCAUGUUUGUAGUAGAGACAAAAAUCUGUGUAACAGGAGGGAGGAUAGCGCCAAGUCUCUGGGCGUUUUGUUUUUGUUUUUGUUUUUUUUGCAAAUGUGCUUCUAAUAGCCAUUGCCUUCCAUGUUGUUUACCUAAUCAGCACAUUUUGUCUGAAUACUUGAACAUUUUAACAGUAACACAGGUAUAGAAGCAGAAAGAAAACUUAUAAAGAGUAAUCUUGUGGUUCAGUUUUAACAUCAUGACGAGCGCUUUUUCUAGCAAUGAUUUAAAAAUUUUGUAAGUUUGACAGUAUUUUGUUGUUGGGUUUUUAUUUGGUUUUAGUUGUGUGCUUUUAAUUUGCAGAAGUUAAUAACUGCAGCUCACCUACUGCACCAAAGUUCUCGAUUUUAGGAGCCCAGCUUUAGUCAUUUGAACAUGCUUCUAAAUAAAACAAAACAAAAAAAACCAAAACUAUACUUUUGAUCUAUAAUAAUAGCUCAAUAACUUUGUCAAGGAAAGCUCUAAUAUAUGCAGUGAUGGUUUUUGGAAGGGUGUGGCAAUUUUAAAUUUAUAUUGUGUGUGAUGUUCAAAUAAAGUGUUAUCUACAUUCAUGUGAUUUAUUGGUCAGCAUGACCAUUAAUUAUUGCGUAGAAAUUAAUUAAACUUUGAUUUCCUUUUUUAAAAUCGUGUUGCAUUUGAUUCCUGAUCAAAUUCCCUCAAAGUGAACUCUUGAUUUUAGAUUUUGAAUUUUAUGGUGAGAUUGUAAGGGUGGAGGCAAUUGAAACUUUGUUUCUUAUUUAUAAACUGCUUGAAAUGAAUACCUAAUUUAAGUUUGCACUUUAACACCAAACUUAAAACCAAACACUCAGUUCAAAGUAGGUUAGGUGAUUGUGGUUCAUCUUUAUUAGCUUUGUGAAAUUCUAAAGGAAUCAAAUAAUUCAUAAUUUAAAUUUUCUGCAGAUGGAUUUUUUUUUAAUACAGUGUUUCUUUCCUAUGGAUAGUUCUCAUUCUCUUGCUCUGUCUCGCUCUCUCUGUCACUGACCUCAGCAGCAAGUUUAACUUGAAUUCACUUAGGAUCACAGGAAUCAGGGGAAAGUGAUUUAAAGGUGGUUUCUCCAGCACAUUUUAAGAAAAGGGACCAAAAGUUAUUUUAGCUUCCUCAAUAGAUUGCAUGUCAAGUUGCUUAUUAGGAUAAUAAAUUAAUAUUAAAUGCAAUAUAUGUCUCGUCUUUACUAUGGCAUCUGUUUAGGAGUUGUUCAAAUCACUGCAGUAGGGCUCUGCAAAUAAAAUCAUGUAACCUAUUAUCAUGGAUCUAAUGUACUGUAACUUUAUCAAUGAAAGGUAAAAAAUCUCGAAUAACAAGUACAAACAUUGAACAAUGACCUAUAAAGAUUUGUAAAAGUAAAAUUUUUCCAAUAGAUUUCAUUCUUGUCAUUUUGUAAGACGACCCUGCAGUCCACCUGUUUGUAACUUUUUUAAUAAAAUAGACAUCUGUAUUA